UGAUAGUAAUACUACGUGAACAGUGUUUUUCUCUCUCUGCUGCACAGGCGUUUCACCUUCUAUUCUUAUCAGCGCUCGGAUACAACGUUGCUGUUCGUAUUCAGUACUUUAUUUUACUUUGUUCGUGCGGCUUCGGCGCCUUUGAGCCCCCGUCGACCUCGAGAGAGGGAUGACCAUUAAUACAAAGGAGACUAGAACAUCACGAGCUUUCCAGAACUUGACCGGCACCAACAAAUCAGAACUUGUCCGUCCAUGUCGCUGGCGACCCGCGAUUCUGGUUGAUCAGGGUCUGCCCCGGACUGCAGCCUUCGUCGCAAAAAGGAUGUACUGUACUUCGAACCACGUCCAUCCUACUCUAGUUCAAGGAACACAUUAUCCUUCCCUGCACAUGACACCACUUGUUGCAGUCACAAUCUCUCGUAGCUCUGCCAUGGUAGCUGCUGGCUCCAGCAAAAACGAUCUCGCAGGCGAGUAUUUGACAGCACGUCCGCAGCCGCCCUUUUCGUUCGCGCCUUGGGCUGCAUCCGAACUAUCCGUGUCGGAAGGUGAGCAAGGACGGGAAGGUUCCGUUCAUCCACGCGUUGCUGCACUGGGAGUCAGCGCUGACUCGCAACGGCACCCUGCGAUGGGGAUCCUCACGUCCUGUCAGUAUCAGACCAUGAGACUGUACUACUAUUCUCCCGUUGCGCAUGGCUCGUCCCGCAACCCGGGUCUUGGCAUGACGGACUGCGUAAAUUCAAUUUUGUGGGGAGCGUAAUGGUCAGGAGGUGUGAGGUGAUACUUCUCAGGGGGAAGGGAUCGAUGGUGAGGAUCUCGAGGUCUCGCUCAGGUCGGACAUGCCCAGCGAUGAUGAACAACCUCGUGUAAGCGUUUCUGAGGCUCUGCGGAUAACGGUCCCUUACAUCAAGGACCAUAAGUAUAGAUUGGUAACGAAUGAAGUGCGGACAUGGACGCUGAUGUCUGCGGGGUCAGAUGAGAUUUUACCCACACGUACUCUGGUCAUCUGUACAACGGGGAUUCUUUGACUUGAAGACUACCUGGCUAUUGACAAAAGGCGACAAAAGGCGAAGGGAAGGGCAUGAUGCAAGGCACAAGUCUUGACAACCGCACUUGGCGAUACGGUAGAAGCUUGCGCUGGCUAUACAAUAUGCCGUUCAAGUGUCUUGACAUCAAGAUUGACAUUGCGACCGUUUUUGGCGCCGGCUGCCUCGCAUAGCGUGCACAGGGUGCCCGCUGUUCCUACGUUUCUCAUAGGAGAUGGUAGUUCCGACGAGGUCGUAGACGUGCUAAGAUCGUCUUCGUCGAGUUUCCUCGUCGGCUGACCGCCGAUGAGAUGUCGAUCAGAGCCCAACAUUUCGGAUGGCUGCUUCUGUGCCCGCUCCGGCUUCUCGCCAUCCAUGCGCGCCUCUAUCGACGUGCUUGCCCACAGUGCUGUGAGGGGAAGUUGGAUCGCAAGCAUAGUCAUUGACAGGCUGCCGAGGUCCACGUACUGAUUCCAUUGCGCUGCUGUAAAUAUAACUUGGAUCGGCUAACGUCAGCUGGUGACCGACAGGCCAGGAGAGCGUGUAUAAACUACAUACCUGGGAUUAUCAUGCUCUGCAGACUGCCGAUGAAGACGACUUGCAUUGGACCGAACUUUCGCUGUCCUAUCCGGCGUCGUCUUCGAAUGGCUACGGCUAACUUCGCCACAAAGAUGGCGAGGAAGAACCCCGCGCUGACGAGUUGCAGGAUGGAAGCCACGUCGGAUAGUCUGUACUGAAGAGCGUACGAUGCCACGGGAGCCAAGUAGACAAUGUUCUGUGCGUUUACAACCGUGGAAGCAAGGAGCUCGCACAUGGUCACAAGGGCGAGAGCGCACGCAACGCCGACCACCAAUGCUCGCUGGUGCGACGGUGCCGUGGCCAUCAUGACACACACCUGGAGGAUGAGGGAUGAAAGGAUGACGCCUAACUCGGCUACCUUGAACACAUCCGCCAUGAGGCUCUUGGUCUUGUCGCCCGCGGUGAUAUGCGAGUAGUCCGACUCGAAGGCGACGAGCGGGUGGUUCCACGUCGAGUCGAGCCACGCCGCCAUCAUGCUGCCUCUCAGCACGUCCAGGAAUAGUGCGAGCGUGUUGAGCAUGUAGAUCGGCGACCCUCGCUUGUCGGACCUGGUCAGCAGCAGCAAUGUAACCAGCAUGAGGCUCGCAAGCCCGACCUGCGCGCCGUACACAAGUCCGAGCCGGAUGUUCUGAAAUGUAAACUCGGCGAGGUCCUCCAUGGGCACUGGUACAGUCGUCUGUGAUGUACCGAGCACUUGGAUCCAGCUCAUGGUUUGGGUCCAGGGAUCCACGCUCGUUACCGUCGUCGUCAUCGCCGCCGCCACCGCUGCUGUUGCGCCGGUUGAAGCGUUCAUAGCUGUGCGUGAAACUCUGUUGCUUAAACACGAAGCCGAAUUGUAUGUAGCCAAAGGGAUCUGAGAUGAUGCUAGAAUUUUGUAAACUCGUCCAGCAAGAAGAAAAAGAAGGCGAUGGAGUAAGAGAUAGAGAGGAUGAUACAAGAGGAAACUCUGGCCAAAGCUAUAUACCGACGAGCAUGAAACAAUACGAUCGGACGCUGAAUGGGGUGGAGAAUGACGUGUAAG